GAUGUAAGGACCUUGUCUAGUUUGGGCCAUUUGACUUUCCGUAGUGACGUCAUCGUGUGGAAACUGUCACAGUGGCAAGAUGGCCGCCGAACCAAACAAGACUGAAAUUCUUACUAUUUUCAAAAGACUGAGGUCCAUUCCUACAAACAAGGCAUGUUUCGACUGCGCAGCCAAAAACCCCAGUUGGGCGAGUAUUCCCUACGGCGUCUUCUUGUGCAUUGACUGUUCCGGUAUCCACCGCUCCCUCGGAGUCCACCUUAGCUUCAUCAGAUCCACUGAGCUUGAUUCCAACUGGAACUGGUUUCAGCUUCGAUGUAUGCAGGUGGGGGGCAAUGCCAAUGCGACUGCAUUUUUCCGCCAACAUGGCUGCUCCACAAAUGACACCAAUGCCAAGUAUAACAGUCGUGCAGCACAAAUGUACAGGGAGAAGAUCCGUCAGCUUGCGAACGCUGCUUUGUCCAAGUAUGGAACAGAUCUGUGGAUUGACUCUUCAGGCGGAAGCACUCCAGCAGCUCCGGAGAAGAAGGAGACCGACUUUUUUGCAGAGCACACACAGUCCGCUAAUGACUGGAGCAUGACACCAGCCUCAGAGCCUGAGCAGAAUGGAAGCCCUGUCGGCGCACAGCUGAGGAACACCGUGGCCAAAACCCAAGAGGACAACCAGCCAGAAGACGGACCGAGCAUCUGUGGUCUGAGCACGUCACCCAAAGCCUCCAUGGAUGUUAAGCCUUCCAUUAUUGGGAAGAAGAAGCCAAUGGCUGCCAAAAAAGGGCUGGGCGCAAAGAAAGGUCUCGGGGCACAGAAGGUGAGCAGUAAUAAUUUUACCGAAGUGGAGAAACAAGCCCAAGUUGCAGAGAAGCUACGCGAGGAACAGGCCGCCGAGGCAAAGAAACAAGCAGAAGAAUCCAUUGUGGCCUCCAUGCGUUUGGCCUACAAAGAGCUGGAGAUCGACAGGAAGCUGGAGGAGAAGAAGCUGAAGAACCUGGAGGGCAAGAAAAGGGAGCAGGCCGAGAGACUGGGCAUGGGCUUCGGGAACAGGAGUGCUGUGUCACAUUCCGUGAUGUCCGAGAUGCAGGUGAUUGAGCAGGAAACCCCAGUGGGAGCCAAGACCUCAUCCAGGUCCAAACUGGACAUGUUUGACGAACCAGGCUUCACCUCCGGACCCCCAAAAUAUAAGGACAACCCCUUCACCGUGGGGGACACUUUUGGAUCCCGCUGGGACACAGAGGGAGGGACUGCCUCUUUCACCGCGUCCUGGGCUCUGGAGAAAGAGGAACCUAAAGAGGAGGUCACCAUCUCUAGUAUCCAACCUUUAGGGGAGAGGCUUCCCAGCAGAAGAAAAGCUGAGGUGUCUUCUCCAGCGUCCGAGUCAAGCGAAGCCAGGCAGAAGUUUGCCAACGCCAAGGCCAUCUCUUCCGACAUGUUCUUUGGCCGCGAGAGCAACGCUGAGUAUGAGGCAAAGACCAGACUGGAGAGCAUGUCUGGAAGCACGUCCAUCAGCUCAGCUGACCUGUUUGGAGACGGCAGUGACCAUAAAGGGCGGGGAUCGGGCUUUGACAGCGUGCUUCCUGCCGGUCCGGACAUCACCCAGUUCAAACAAGGGGUGAAGACCGUCGCAGGCAAGAUGGCCGUCCUCGCCAACGGUGUCAUGAAUAGCAUCCAGGAUCGCUACGGCUCCUACUGAGCAGCGUUGAGGCAAGAGGAAAUGAAUGAAGCCUCCAAACCAGCAGCUCCCUUGCUUGUGGGCGGGGAUGUGAAGCUGAGACGAGGGAAGCCCAAGGUUUUGCAUGAGGAAAGAAAAUCUUCCUUCUCACUCCUCCCCCACCUUUUUAGAGACCGUUAUUUUCAGGAGUCGGCAUUUUUGCUCUCUCCACAUUUAUGAGUUUUUAUUUUCAUAAAGCAAAACAUGUGACAUUGUCGUGUUUCAAAAAGCCACACUUGAACCUUCUUUUUGGUCGUAGAUUUUCAAAAAGAUGCAGAGUUAAUUCUAUAUAUUUUCUUCCCUUACACAUGGAUACUGUUAUCAAAUACUAUGUUGGUAUUUUUUUUUUGUUGUUGUUGAGAUAUUAAAAAAGACGUGCAGCCGUAUAUUUUUAGCCUCUGUUUGCAGGAAACUGAAAAGUUUUCAUUCAGUGUUGGUGUCGCUGCUGCUCAUCAAGUGUUUUGUCAUUUUGACAUCAAACCACCAGCAGCCAACUCUCUCACUAUUUGUCAUCUUGGAAUUGUAUAUUUCUGUCAGGAUAUAAUGUAUGAUUAAAAGUCUGAUAUCUUCA